UCGUUCACUUCCUCUUUACCCUUAAACUUGGAGGAAAGGCGCGUAGCAAGGGAUCGACGUCAGAGGGGGCGUUACCUUUUGACUUGCGUCCUUCCCUCAGAACCGCGCCGGAUUCGCUCACCCCCCCCCGAAUCGGCUAGUGCGCUAUACAAUACUAUAUACCAGAGCUAUGGAGGUUCCAGGGAAGAAACUGCAAGCAGGGACAUCUGCAGAAGACACAACGUACUGCCAGCCCUAACCCAUCAGGACCUGAUUUGUGGACACUGUUCAGUACAGAACCAUCGAUCGUGUCAUGCUGAUGUCAUAUCAGAUAUAUCCAAGGGCUUCAAAGAUGACCAAGAGUAUGGGGAUGUCAUAAAAACAAUUGCCAGGUUAUUUGAAGACAUUGAUUUAUGCGCGUCUGCUGUGGAGAAAAACGUUGACGUUGUAGCAAAGUUAGGUGAAAAUGAAGUCGAAAAGCUGAGAAAAUACCGAGAGGAAGUUAACAAGUAUUUUGAAGAAAGAGAACAGGCACUGUUAAAGCUAAUAGAGAAGACGAAAAACACGAAUGAGGAACUAUUAGGGUCUCUGAAACCGAAAUAUACAAACCUGAAGUCCAAGCUGGAAGAAAUAAAUGUCACACUUGAAGCACAAGGAACCAAUAUGAUACAGUUGUUCAUCGAGACCAAAAGGGCCAAGAAACUAUUAGAGGGUCUGCAGAAUGAGCUUGCUGACAUUAACAAGAAAAACGUAAUUCACCAUUUCGAAUUCAGAAAGGAUCCAGCCACAGAGCGUCUUAUUGCAUCUGACACUGGCAUUGGGACAUUAAAAAUCAUUAUGACUGAAAACAUAACUGUAUCAGCAGACAGUAACCAUGACAUAGUAGGACAAACAGUUCAGGGAGAUGGCCCAAGAGAAACCAUGGCAACUUCCGAACCUACAGUGGGUAACGCCACUGUAGACUUGACUGUAUUACGGUUUACAUCAGCAUCGGACAUCCCAAUGAAGUCUCCAACUGAUAUUAUGGGCUGCUACCUGUCUAACAUGCUCCACCUUGCCGGGUCCAGACUGCUGAUGGCUGACUUUUACAACAGCAAAGUCAAGGUGGUAGACAUGCAGACCAACAGCCUGGUCUCCCAGAUCAGUGUACCAGGUCAACCAUGGGACAUAUGUCAUCUUCCCGGGGACAGGGUUGCUGUUACUACGAUAAAUAAGAGUAUUCAGAUCAUUGAGACUCGAGGACAACUCGCUCUUGGUGACCGUAUCAAAGUGGAUGAUGGCUGUCGAGCUAUUGCUUACCAUGAAGAUAGGUUGAUAGUGUCCUUCUGUAAUGGAAAGGUAGCGGUACUGAAUAUGAAUGGGCAUGCCAUAAGACAAAUAUAUGGGGAUGACAGUGGAAAUGAACUAUUCAAAUUGCCUCUCUACUUAACAGUGGUGUGUGAAGGUGCGACUGCUUUCAUCUACGUAUCAGACAAGAGCAGGAACACAAUCACAAAGCUUGACAUGAACUUAAACAUCAUCACGACGUUCCAGGACUCUGCAUUGAAAUGCCCAAGAUGUAUCACGGCUUUCGGGGACCAGCUAUUAAUAUGUGGUUGUGAAAGUAGCACCAUUUUAAUUCUUGAUUUGUCCACUGGUCAGAUGACACAACUGAUGGGGCAGAAGGAGGGGAUACGAAAUCCACUUUCUGUCUACUACCUUCCGCAACAUAGAAAGAUUCUUGUCACGGAACAGGGAAACUGUUCAGCAAAAGUUUACAAUACAAUGUAAUAAUGCUAGUCAAUGGCGUGAAAUGGUUCGAAACAUAAGUGUUACGUGAACCACGUCAGGAAAUUAUUUUAAUGAUAUUUUGUUUAAUUGACCUCUUUCCGGAAACGAAUUCGAGAUAUGAGUACGAUGUGAUUAUUUGGAAUGCUUCAUUCAAUUACGUGUAAAUGUAUUCGUUCAUCAACCUUUUUCUUACCACGACUCAAUUAAAGAACAUGUACUCAAUAUUAUUUGAUGAUUUUGCUUUAUUUGCAUUUAAAGUGCAUACAAAUUAAUAAAAAGAAAUUGAAAUGACUUCGAAAAUUAAGCAUUGAUAUUCUGCCAUGAAGAAAUGUUUUUUGAUGUACAAUGUACGUACGUCCUUAAGCUGCCAUUACCUACCUGAAAUAAUUUUUAUCAGUAUAUUAGUUAUUCUAAAAUGUGUUUGAAUCAAUUGUAUUGUAUUUGUCAAAAAUCAUCCAUAAACGUAUCAUUCGCAUUGAAUAUAUUGUUUAAUACAAUGUUUUCGCUGUCAUUUUUGUAUUUUCCUUGUCUUAUUGUUCUCACAUGUCAUGAACGUCUCGUUUGAUAUUGGUUGUAAAGAUCUUUAAUCUGUAGGAUAACACUGCAGAUACUAUCAUAUUGAUUUUCUUUUUUUAGGGUUUUAACAUACACGAAUAUCAAAAUUAAAAGUUUAAAUGAAACAGGAACCUGGGUCGGGUAUUGUGUUAUGCCAUUGACCUGCUUUAAUAUAAACAACAUAGAACUGCGAUAAUUUGGCACGACAUUGUUUGUACUAAAUCUAGUGUCUGUUUCAUUUCGUGAUAUAAAUAUUCUGUUGUCAGCAUAAAAAUGGCGAUAAGUUUAGUUUUCAUUUCCUCGGCUAUUCUCUUUAAAUACUGGCUAUAG